AUGAUCACCCCUUUGAGCCUCUCCCCUCGGAUUCUUCGAUCGAGGGCUCUUCUUCCGCGUGCUUAUCUGCCUCCCGGUCCUAGCCUUGUCUGUGCUCGGCUCUUCAAUGUGCUCGCUGUAGAAUCUUCUGCAGAUGACACCGCUGCGGCCAUCGUCACUUCCGACAGGCGCAUACUCGCAAAUGUCGUCAUAAAGCAGAACCAGAUUCACGAGCAGUACGGCGGUAUCUAUCCUCUUGAGGCCGCUCGUGCCCACCAGCAGAACCUACCCUUGGCCGUACAGCGCGCUCUGACGGAGGCCAGACUCGACAUGUCAUCUAUCGACGGUGUCGCUUUUACACGCGGACCCGGGAUGCCGGGCGGCCUCACAGUCGGCGCUGCCGGCGCGCGAACACUGGCAGCAGCGCUCAAUAAGCCCGUGGUCGGUGUUCACCACAUGCAAGCACACGCGCUUACUGCGCUUCUGACCGAACCGUCGUCAUCGCGCCCGGCAUUCCCAUUCCUCACACUGCUCGUGUCGGGCGGACACACGCUUCUCGUGCUCGCAACGUCGCCAUUUCGUUUCGAGAUCCUCGCGUCUACGCUCGACAUAGCCGUCGGCAAUGCGUUUGAUAAAGUGGCGCGAGCACUGCGUGUACCAGGUUGGGCUACACUUGGGCCUGGCGCGGCACUCGAGGCGUUCUGCGAGCCAAUGCCACAGGAGAAUGAAGACACCACCGUGCCGCGGUUCAGACACGGAAUGACGCGCCAGUCCGACGCCAUGUCGUUUACUGGCCCGCAUACCCAGGUGGAUAGGGUCAUAUCGCGAGCAGGCGGUCUUGCAGCCUUGAGCGGGGAGACACAGAAGGAUCUAGCGCGCGAGUUCCAAAGAGAGGCAGUGGGUCAACUUGUACGCAAGACCCGCUGGGGGCUUGAUCAGUGCAAGGAGCGCGGUCAUAUCGUCAAGCAUGUUGUUGUCAGCGGUGGUGUCGCGAGCAACCAAUACUUACGCGCACGCUUGCGCGAUGCUCUUGGAGAGGGAGUUAUAUUGGCGUUCCCGCCGCCGGCUCUGUGCACCGAUAACGCCGUCAUGAUCGCAUACGCGUCCCUAUACAGGUUUCUGGUCGGCGACACUGACGAAUACAAUGUCGCUAUACGGAAGGAUUGGAGUCUGGAAGACCUCGAGGAGCCAAACGCGUGGACAGAGAGCGGUCUCGUCGACAUCUAA